GGGUGAUCAGCGAUUUCAUACUGAGAGGGACACAGAGACCAGUAAGAAUAAACCAGUCGCAGUACUAUGAAAAUUUCACUAAAGGGCAGACGCAAAUAAUAAGUGCAGCAAUGGCAACACCAGGAAGAGUUCGCUCCACUCGUAGAUUGCGUACCUGGAUGGUAGAACAGGUGAACAGCGGGCGGUACCCGGGACUGAUGUGGGAUGAUUCGGCCAGGACCAUGUUCCGCAUCCCCUGGAAGCACGCCGGCAAGCAGGAUUUCCGCAGCGACGAGGAUGCCGCCAUUUUCAAGGCAUGGGCGGUGUUCAAGGGGAAGCUGUCCGAGGGUGGGCGCUCUGACCCCGCCUCCUGGAAGACCCGGCUGCGGUGUGCCCUCAACAAGAGCCCGGAGUUCUGCGAGGUCAUCGAGAGGUCGCAGCUGGACAUCUCCGAGCCGUACAAGGUGUAUCGGCUGGUCCCGCUGGCCGAGCAGGGACUGGUUUUAGCUGGAAAGAAGGAUGGAGAGAAGGCUGGGAAGAGGAAACGUCAAAGGAGCCACUCCGACAGCGAGGAAGAGAAUGCGAUCAAGAAAAGCAAAGACGAGGUUGUCACUCCCGAGCCAAUUAGCAUGGCUGUCCAGCAGUUGGAAGUAGAGAGGGAAAUCACCAUUGGAUCGGUGGACGUCAGUGAGUCGACUGUCAUUUUGAAGGACGAAGGCCCGGUCAAUGAGAUCCAGUUGAACUUCAUGAUCGAGACCAUCCCUCCUUCUGGAGAACUCCCCUCCCUCGUCAUCUCAGUGCUGUAUGUGGGUCAGGAGGUGCUGCGAAAGGAGAUUUUCGGCAAGGAUGUAAGGGUUGCCUACUACUCCUCCCUGUGCAGCCCGCGGCCCCCAUCCUCCCUCGUUGUCGGGGACGUGGAGCGGAUCGCCCUCCCAGAGCCCACCUCCUCCCUUUCCCCCACCCACCAGCAGGCGAUCAGCACCCUGCUGCCCUUCAUGGAGAAGGGGGUGCUACUGGCCUCCACCAGUGGGGGGAUCAUGGCACAGCGUUUCUCCUGGGGGCGGGUGUUCUGGACAGGGCCACACACCACUGAGAGGGGCCCUCACAAGCUGGAGCGCACCCCCAACCCCGUGCGGCUGUUCAACAGGCAGACAUUCGAGCAGGAGCUGAAUGUGUUCCGCAGCAGUGGGGGCGAUCCCCCUAAAUGUGAUGUCACUCUGUGUUUCGGAGAGGAGCUGACCGACACGGACGACCCGGCUAGCAAGCUUAUCACCAUACAGAUCUCCCUGCCCUGGGCUACCCAGCAAGUCCAGGAGAUUCAGUCUUUCAGGGAUACAAUGACCGUCCUCCAGAACCUGGCCAGCCAAUCACCACUGAGCGAGGUCACACUCAACCUCGUCGGAAUCUAGCCAACCAAUCGGCAGACGUUGGAGGAUCCUAAGAAUCCCUUUUCAUGGACACGGGAGCUGAGCUUGAGGGUAUCCCAGAUGGCAUCAGCACAGCCUCUGGCCAGAUGGGCGGUUUUAGUGCUCCGCAGGGUGGUGUCCAAAAGCCUGAGCAGAACUACGUAACACCCCACACCACACACUGCAGGGGCACAGACAUCCCCCACAAUUCCCUGAUGCCAUCUGGAGACCCCCCACCCAAGUUGUGAUGACAUAACGCCGAGCUAUGCUCACAGCAGGGAAAUGCAUCUAGUUUAACUGGUUUAGAGAGCCAUAAAUUCAAUGACAGACAUAAUGAUUGACGAUUAUAGUAACCACAGUCGGUUUGGUGUCGGUGCCAUUACCCUCGUGAACAGCAAGUUUCACCACCCGGUAAGAGCCAGGACACACUUGAACACGUUACCGUGUUGGUGACUGUCCUCAAACUUUGACCUCAAGAGAAAGUACACGUGACACAAAUGUCAGGCACCAUCUGAAGCCCUCCCAGCUCCUUGUGAUUGCCCGUGGUAAACUUCCCCAGGCCCCCCUGAAGCAGUGAAAGGAAUAUUACCCCGGGCAACAGGUGGCAAAACGUCAAUCUCUGCACCACUCCGAGUAGCAGCCCCCUCCAUAUUUCUACCCAAAUUCCCUCAUUCUGAUGCUGCUGCCAGUAGCAACAAAAUGACAACUGUAUUGCAGGUCCUCUGAAGUGCUGUUUGUAAUGUAAAUGUAAAUCAGUGUUUCCAUGUUUCCAUAUUUCUCUCUUUAGUGCAGUUACUAAAUAUACUGUACAUACAAAAAAAUGCUGAUUUAUAGACACACGUACAGACGAUUUCUCAGUUUUAGACACCAGAAUAGAUUCUCACGACCCAGUCUGUAAUGAAGACUGUUCCAAGAUUAGUCAUACCUGCAGGUUUAAUACAGAGGACACAUCUGCCUUUGGACUGAAGAGGACCAAGCUGAAGGAAAAUGCACAUGCAGAUCUCUUCAACUGUAAAUAUUUGUGUUAUUUAUCCACCGUCUCUAUAUGUUUAUUCUAUCUAUCAAUAUUAA